GCUUGCGUAAAAUUUAAAACGUCAAUUUCGACAAUCGAAUGAAUUUCCUUCUACAAUCGAUCAGUCGACCACAAGAUUUUGCAAUGGCGGAUGUAGUAGACGAGGUGAUUAUGGACUCUGAUGAAAAUGAGGAAAUUCUAUCAAAAAGCCCAGAAGAAAUGGCUGAACUUAAAAAGGAAAACGGUAAUCAGUUAUACAAAACCAAACAGUACAGAUCUGCACUCCCUCUCUACAGCGAAGCCAUCAAUCUUUGUCCAAAUGUAGCCGCUUAUUAUGGAAAUAGAGCGGCCUGCUACAUGAUGCUUUACAGGUUUACAGAAGCUUUGGAAGAUGUCCGGAAAAGUGUGCAACUGGAUCCAGAAUUCGUUAAAGGAUACAUCAGAAUGUUAAAGUGCGCUAUAGCAAUGGGCGACACCACUACUGCAGAUUUUGCCAUUAAGAAGCUUCAGGACUUAAAGGUUGACCAGCAAACAUUUGCCAAUGAAUUAAAAUCGGUUCAGCAAUUAAAACUGUAUGAGGCAGAUGGAUCCAAAGCUUACGAUAAAAAAGAUUAUCGUUUGGUUGUUUUCUGUAUGGACAGAUGUCUCGAUCAUGCUCCUACUUGCUACCGAUACAAAAUUGCCAAAGCUGAAUGCCUCACAUAUCUCGGGCGGUACCAAGAAGCUCAGGAAAUUGCCAAUAGUAUUCUAAACAUCGACAAAGGAAAUGCUGAUGCCAUCUACGUAAGAGGAAUGUGUCUCUUCUAUGAUGACAAUUUGGACAGUGCAUUCCAACAUUUUCAACAAGUGCUAAGAUUGGCUCCGGACCACACCAAAGCUAUGAAUAUUUAUAAGAGAGCAAGGGUAUUGAAAAAGAUGAAAGAAGACGGCAAUGAGGCAUAUAAGACUGGCAAAUUUCAGGAAGCUUACAAUUUAUACACAGAAGCACUUCAAGUAGAUCCUUUCAAUAAAAAAACCAACGCAAAAUUAUACUUCAAUCGUGCCACAGUUCUAGCGAGACUAACUAAGACUCGUGAAGCUAUAGAAGACUGUACAGCUGCCCUGAACUUAGAUGACACUUACCUUAAAGCACUCAUGAGACGAGCCAAAUGUUAUAUGGAUCUUGGCGAGUUUGAAGAUGCUGUGAAAGAUUAUGAAAAAGUAUGCAAAAUGGAUAAGAGCAGAGAAAAUAAAAAAUUACUUCAAGACGCGAAAUUAGCACUAAAAAAAUCAAAGAGGAAAGACUAUUAUAAAAUACUCGGUGUGGAGCGGACUGCAGGUGAAGAUGAAAUCAAAAGGGCAUAUAAGAAGAGGGCGCUCAUCCAUCAUCCUGAUAGACACGCCAACGCUACAGAAGAGGAAAAGAAGGAACAAGAAAAGAAAUUCAAAGAAGUUGGUGAGGCGUACGGUAUACUUUCAGAUCCCAAAAAGAAAGCCAGAUACGAUAGCGGACAGGAUAUGGACGAUUUCGAGGGAGGAAUGUCAGACAUAGAUCCUAGCCAAGUAUUCCAAACCUUCUUCGGAGGAGGCGGAGGAGGCCAUCACCACGGAGCUCAAGAAUUCUCCUUCGGCAAUUUCCCUGGUUCGUUCACCUUCCAGUUCGGUUAAACCAUCUGCAACAAGGACGUACCUCGUACAUUCCAGUGGUUGUAGAGAUUUUAUUUCUCUUUUUGUGUUAUUGAAGUUAUCUUUCUCUGAUUCGUUUUAGUAUUUAUUUUAAUUUUAAAGUUUUUUAAGGAAAUUUUAAGAUUUUCAACAGUAAGGGUGCAAAGAGUAAGUCAGUUAACCCAUCAAGGAAGCGUGCGAAAAGGUAUAAACGUUUUUCAAUUUAAAGUGUGUUACUUUAUCCAAUAAGAACUGUUCCGGUUAAUAUAUCCCUUUAAGAUUUGAUUAUUUGAAAUUCUCUAACUUCGAUCCAAUCGUACAUCCUAACAAAGAACGCGAAAUCCUAAAGAAAAAAGUAUGUUAAUAAGCUCGUAAAACAGAAAAUAUAAAUAGAAAAGGAAUAUUCAGAAAAAUAAGUCGGGAUUAAAAUGAUCAUUUUUUAUUUUAAACAUAUGUACAAGUCUUUAAUAUAUUUUUAUCUUCUAUGAAUUACUUUUGUUCUAAUAUUAUAUAUGUAUCUUGUAUUCUAACUUCCUUCUUUAUUUUGGAAAUGUUUAUAAAUUAAAGCAUCAUAGGCUUCCAUAACAAGAGCCUAAUUUCAAUAAGUCAUCUUCUAUGCUUGGACCGUCUCAUUUAGUAUAUUCAUCUUCUGCAGUGUCAAAACCCGAAAUAAAAUUAAAUAUAAAAAUAUUAAAUUGAGUAAAAUUACAGCAUAUAGUAUUCUUUAGUUAAGCGCCUUUUCUGAUAGGUGCAAUUUUGAGCAAAAAUCCUACAUUGCAGGACUUGAAUAGCUAGUUUAUUUUCUGGUAUUCAUAUGACGACUAGACAUUUCUAAAAUACUUAAAAACUGAGAAGGCGAUUUAUUGAAUAUAUCAUUCGUUUGUUUUUUGGAAUGUACUCGAACUUAUAAUAUUUCCAUGUAUUGAAUUUUGUGGUAUAGUUUUACUUCAAACAACUUUUAGUAAUUUAGAUAAGAAAAGGAAUAAAAGUAGAGCUAAAUACUGAUAUCAUAAUAUCUUAAAAAUGAUCACAACAGCUCUUUAUUUAAAUUACCAAUAUUGGUACAUGGCUUUUUAGACUUAUUUUUUAUAUCUUUCAUAUUUCGCCACUAUUAAAUAUUACAAAAGUUCCGCAAUUGCUACCUUAUUAUAUAGUAGAAAUCUAAGUGAUUUUUCUGAUUUUUUUAAGCAAUUAUGCUAUUUUCACAAUAAAUACUCCUUUAUUUUGGCCAAAGUCAUUUGUAGAGAAGAACUGUUAAUCAGUUGUUUUUUUUAUUUGUUCGUGUCGGAACUUUCAUACAUUCUAAAGUAGAUGUAUAUACAUUAUAGAUUAUUAACAUCGCAUACAUAACAGAUAAAAGGUAUAUAUGUAACAUAUAAGUAAUUAGAGCACGAAAAAAAAAAAUAAAAAUGGGACUACUACACACUUGUUAUUCAAAAAUUGGCGAUGCCAAGAGCAGUUGGUACAGCGAAAGGCCUCCACUGAGCAUGUGGCUGGAGGGAAACCCAGAAGGACAAACCAGAAAGUGUUCUGUAGUUUGCUCAUCUCCACAGUCGCAUAGGGCCGACUCACAGGGGAAGUCCCAGUUUAUUCGCUUGGCUCUGAAUCUUUUCACCCCAACACGAAGUCUAUUGGCACUUUCCAUCCAUUCAUUACUGUUGUCACUUUGACCUCUCCAAUAGCUCAGUGUAAUCUCUUGGGCUGGCUCAGUCAGAUCUUUCAAAGAAGAAAACUUUUCCUGGAUUUAAGGCGUUGGCGGGCUGAUUGGUAGUUAUAGAAAGAAUGUGCGUGUGAGGUGGAUGCUUUAUGUUUUUCUUCGAUAAUAAUCAAAUUUCAUUUAUAGCUGCAUCUACCUGACCGGCGUGGCAUUAUCUGUAUCAUACCGGGCAAGCAUAUUCCACUGCGAAGUAUCAUAGGGCCAUAGUACUAGUUUUCAGUGUCUGCGGGUGUGCUCGAGGACUCGAGAUAAUUUUUGUUUAAUAGUUUCGAAGUCGCCGACAUGGAUUGUAAAGACAGACUCGUUUGAUUAGAUAAAUCUGUGUUUUCCUGUUAGUAAGGGUUGGUCGUUCGGAUGGAUGUUAAGUAUAAUUGGGACUAAAACGUUUCUUUGUGGCAGCCCAUUUUUUUGUGUCCUUCAGCGACUUCUGUUUCGUUGGGAUUCUACGAAAAAUCUGCGAUUUGGAAGCAAUUUUUUAUUAAAUGGGUGAAAUUUAAGUCUGGUCUGCUAAGUUUCGGAAUGAGCAGCUUAUAGUAAACCGUGUCAUAGACAGAUGUAAGAUAUGUAAACACUUCCCCAGUAAUUUUGUGAUUUUCGAAACUAUCUUCUGUGAUGAAAAUGAUGAAAAAACAUUCAUUCAUAUCUGCUAUGUAUUGAGGUAGUUUAAAUAUUUGCUUCACUUUCUUGAUCUAAAUAAUUUACAUACCUUCUCAUUACAAAUAGUGAAAUGAAAGUUGAGAUUAUGGAGUAUUUGCUGUAUUAAGUAGACUGUAACUAAUAUUUGCCUGCUUUUCAAAAACUAGAUUGCAUUAAUAGCCUAGACACCUUUUACAUAAUACAUAUUCAAGGUCUCCAUCUCUAGCUCGCAUAAUAAUAUCUCUAACCAGUUGAAGAUUGACAGUGCAAAUGAUAGGUGUCUCAUGAGAAAAUGUAAUCUUGUUAAGAACGCCAAUAUAAACAAGCUCUUUCGUUGCGUUUUCCUGGAUCUAGGACACUGCACAACGUUUUGUUGUACAAAACUUGUAUAUUUUAAAUAAGAAAUUACCUUAGUAAUAAAAUAAAAGUUUAUAAAUUUG